CAUCGACCGCAUUUAAUAAUAAACUCAAUUCAUAAUUUUCUCCACCCAUCUCCGAGUUAUCCUCCUACCAUUUCAAUCACAUCCUCGUAUAGACACGCUUUUAUUAUUCAACUAGGAUACUUCACUUAAAGCAUUCGGAGGACAACAGCGUCGCGACGCUUCUAAAGAGUACGUUUUCUGCGUUAUCGGACCGGAAUUUCCUAUAUAAUCCGGCAGCUGUCAGUACUCUCGAUUAUGUGUAAUAAUAAUAAUAACGCGUUUUAAAAUAGAUGCUCACAAACUCCAUGUAUUUAAACAUAUUUACAGCAUAUCAUGUAUGUGUCUCUUUCUCUUCUACCCUAUCUUGUAUAGUUCACCUUUCCGAAUUCAAUGCGUUUGACAAUUGCCUGCUUCACAAACGGCGACGACACUAUAUAUAAAUGUAUCUUCUACAAACUAUGUUAUCACCAUAUUUAAAAAAAGCAGUCCCUUUCGCCCUUACAUACAUAUCUUUAAAAAAAUGCAUUAUUAACGUUCUAUAGUAUUAUAUUUGUAAACUGAUGCACAAUUAUAUUAUACUUGUGUUCUAUAGUUUAUGGUAUUUUUCGUUGAUCUUGUAGACCGUGGGAUUGCUAUCUUCUCAUAUUUUAACUUAUUUUUAUUUUGUUAUUACCUCUAGCGUAAAUACUAUUUAUAUUUAUACAAAAUUCCUUAAUAUACUAAAAAAUCUAUUUCUUAUAUUCUGAAGCAUAUCGCCGCAGAGUUUCUUGUUCUUCGGAAUCGUUGAAAUCAAGUAAAAGAAAAGCAAAUAAUAACAAAAAAAAUAUAAAGUUUGAUGGAAGGAGACGUUCUCGCAUGCUCAUAUUGUGUCUAGUGGCUUUGCGGCGAUACGUUUUUUAAAUAUACUCUCAUUCUCGUAUAUUAUAUUCAUAUUUUUCUACUUGCACAUACUUGUAAGAUAUAUAAGGCAUCAAAAUAAGCAACAGCGACCGUCGACCAAGAAUUAGAUAGGAUAGAAGAGGUUAUACACAAUACUCUAGUCAUGGGGAAACAAAAUAGCAAGCUUAAGCCCGAGGUGCUUGAGGAUCUCAAACAGAAUACAGAAUUUUCAGAUGCUGAAAUACAAGAGUGGUAUAAAGGAUUUCUUAAAGACUGUCCCAGUGGCCAUUUGUCCGUAGACGAGUUCAAGAAGAUCUACGGCAACUUCUUCCCUUACGGAGAUGCUAGCAAAUUUGCGGAACAUGUGUUCCGCACCUUCGACGCCAAUGGUGAUGGUACCAUUGAUUUCCGGGAAUUCCUCUGUGCGCUGUCCGUAACGUCGCGGGGUAAAUUGGAGCAGAAGCUGAAGUGGGCAUUUUCAAUGUACGACCUGGAUGGCAACGGAUACAUCUCUCGGCAAGAAAUGCUCGAGAUUGUUACGGCAAUCUACAAAAUGGUUGGAUCUGUGAUGAAAAUGCCGGAGGACGAGAGUACGCCGGAGAAGCGUACGGAUAAAAUAUUCCGUCAAAUGGAUAGAAAUAAGGAUGGUAAGUUGAGCUUGGAUGAAUUUAUAGAAGGGGCGAAAAGCGACCCUUCUAUCGUAAGGCUGCUCCAGUGCGACCCGCAAUCUCAGUAACCGAUGAGAGGGCGGCGACAUCAAAUGAAGAGGAAAGAGGAAGCAGAUCAUAUGAAGAAAGCAUCAACAUUUAAUAGACUUUUUAUUAUUACUUAUUUAAGUUACAUGUAAAGAAAAAAGUAAGAGAAAAAAAAAACAAAGAAAAAACCACUCUUGUGUGAUCGCGAGGUUCCCGCUGUGACGUCCCGGUAUCAUUGUAAUACUACAAUUUUUAAUUUGUAUUGUACUGUAUCUUUUGGUAAUUUAAAUUAUGUAUUGAACGGUUCUACAUUUGCGAUAAUUACAUCACACCUUUGAUAACAAACGAAGACACAGACACGAACGUACACACUCACACAUACGACACAC